AUGCCUCCGAAGCAGCAAUCGAAAGUAGAUUUGGCGAAGAAGCAGAAAGUAGUCGAGGACAAGACUUUUGGAUUGAAGAACAAGAACAAGUCCAAGAAUGUUCAGAAAUACGUUCAAUCACUCAAACAAUCCGUCCAGCCCAGGCCUGACCCUAGCAAAAUCGACGCCAAGAAAAAGAAAGAGGAGGAGAAGGCAAAAGAGAAGGAGCUCAAUGAAUUGUUUAAAGUUGCAGUGAGUCAACCCAAAGUUCCUCCUGGUGUUGAUCCGAAGUCAAUAUUGUGCGAGUUCUACAAAGCUGGUCAAUGUGCCAAGGGUUUUAAGUGCAAGUUCUCCCACGAUUUGAAUGUUCAAAGGAAAGGAGAGAAGAUCGAUAUUUAUAGUGAUAAGCGCGAUGAAGAGAAAGAAAAGGAAACGAUGGAGGACUGGGAUCAAGAGAUGUUGGAGAAGGUUGUUCAGUCCAAGAGCCAGGAGUACAACAAGAAUAAGCCUACAGAUAUAGUAUGUAAAUACUUUUUGGAAGCAGUGGAGAAGAAACAGUACGGUUGGUUUUGGGUCUGCCCAAAUGGUGGUAAAGACUGCCAUUACAGGCACGCACUCCCUCCUGGAUAUGUUCUGAAAUCUCAGAUGAAGGCUCUGAUCGAGGAGGAAGCUGACAAGAUACCUAUAGAGGAAGAGAUAGAAAACCAGCGUGCAAAGAUAACUUCAACAACUCCUAUGACUCCAGAGCUAUUCAUGCAAUGGAAGAAGAAAAAGGUGGAAGAGAUGGAAGCCGGGUUGGCUGCACAGAGGGCGGAGAGAGCUAAGAAUGACCGUAUGAGUGGGCGUGAGUUAUUUUUGUCAGAUGCUAGCUUGUUUAUUGAUGAUGCUGAGGCCUAUGACAAAUACCAAAGAGAAGAAGAACCAGAUGCAGAGCAAAAGGUUGAUAAAGGUUCCUCCACCGACGGGCCAAGUUCUUCCACAGCAAAUACACGUGAUAUCGAAGAUUUUGCUGACGAAGAUGACGAUGAUCUUGAUAUGGAUGAGCUAAAUGAACUGGAAGCUAGCCUGUCAAAAACAACAUUACAAAUCAAAGAACCAGGUGAUGUGUGA